CACACACACACACACACCCAUUUCCACCUUCCAAACCCCAAAAAAAUGCAGAAGCAAGAAGCAUCCACCGCAGUGGAAUCCGUCCAAUGUUUCGGUCGGAAAAAAACGGCAGUUGCAGUAACCCACUGCAAACGUGGACGAGGUUUAAUCAAAAUCAACGGUGUCCCAAUCGAGUUAGUCCAACCAGAAAUCCUUCGUUACAAAGCCUUUGAACCAAUCCUUCUUGUAGGACGUCACCGUUUUGCUGGUGUUGACAUGCGCAUACGUGUCAAGGGUGGUGGACACACUUCUCAGAUCUAUGCUAUUCGUCAGAGUAUUGCGAAAGCACUUGUUGCUUAUUAUCAGAAGUUUGUUGAUGAAGUGCAGAAGAAGGAGAUUAAGGAUGUUUUGAUAAGGUAUGAUAGGACAUUGCUUGUUGCUGAUCCUAGAAGAUGUGAACCUAAGAAGUUUGGUGGUCGUGGUGCCAGAUCUAGGUUCCAGAAAUCUUACCGUUAGAUUGAAAAUCUGAAAUGCUUUUGGUUUCCUGGUUACGGUAAUUGGAUUAUGUUUUUGGUUAAGUGUCGUUUCUGUUGUUUUGUUUAAAGACCAGUUUUGGUUCGGAGGAUCCUAAGUAAUUUUGCUGUGUUUGGAUUAUUUAUGAAAAUUUUGCAGUGCUA